AUGUCCAUCGAGCUGGACAGGAAUGGAGUCCCUCAGUAUGCAGGCCAGCCAGAGUAUUUCAAUGAAUACGAAGAGCGAGCUUGGGAUCUCUAUCGUGGCAGGACUGGCGAGAAGUCUAAGCAGGCCGCGACAGCGCUGCAUCUACGAUCAGGCCUUUCUGGUCCAGCCUACGAAGCAGUGCGCAAGCUCAAACAUGAAGAGCUGAUAGCUACUGAUGAGUCUGGAGAAUCAAGGCAGGACGGGCUCGCUCUUUUCCUCACGACGUUGAAGAAAGAAGUUCAAGAUAUAGCACCCGUCCGAAGCACCGAGAUUAUCGACAAGGCUUUGUACGGAUCAUCGGUCUGGCGCGACCGCAACGAGUCCAUGGCCAUUUACGUGACAAGGAGGCGAAAGGAGUUCGCAGAGUUGCAGGAGGUCAGCGCCACGACUACGAUCUCAGAGGAGCAAGCCGCAGUCCUCGCCUCCAACAAGAAUGAGUACAAGCUAGCCGGCAUCGAGUAUGCACUGCGGGCUCAGUACCCAGCGGUACAUCGACAGCAGGACCGACGCGCUGAUCGCCGAGAGCGAUCCGCCUACUCUUACGCCGCGUCGGAGCAGGACGAGAACCACCGCAGCAAUAUCUUCAACAAGAAGAAGCCGCCUAGGCGAGUGACUUCGAGCUUCCACGGUCGCGGCAAGGCCGGUGGAAGGGGGGGCCGUCGGGGAGGCGGCAAGGGUUUGACAACCAGGUCGCCCGCAGGGCGAGGAGGCAGCAGCAGUUCGAGUAGUGCUGUCCCUGGCUACGACGACCGACAGCGAGAUGCUCGCCGACAGCACGUCGCCAACCUGAAGAAGCGGGCCCAGUGCUCCGACUGUCACCAGUUCGGGCACUGGCAGGGCGAUGAUGGUUGCCCUCGUCGGUCGAGCCGGAAGCCUACAUCAGUGUCUCCAGCGAAGAAGCCCGCUCAGAACUACUUCGCGCUCGAGGGGCACGGGGGCAACGACGACGACAGCGAGCCGUCCGAGGUCUUCAUGGUUCUAAAGGGCGAGAUGGAGCACGUCUGCGAGCACGCGGCCGACGACGCUUGCGAGAAGGUCGUCCGCGGCGCCAGCAAGACCACCAGGUACAUCACAUGCAGGGAGUGCGACCGACACUUCACGCUCGCCCACCGCAACAAAGGGUUCGAGCUGUGGAGCUACUUCAUGAAGGCCCUGAUGGGCACGAAGUGGGGCCGCUUCCUGUCCCGCAAGGAGUUCGCGAGGCGGAUUGCCCUGGUGGCCGACGCCCUGAUGAUCCAGGGUCGCCUCCCAUCUACGCAUCGGAGGCGGACGGGGGCGCCCGCGGCGCGACGCCUUUCCGGCAAGCAGCGGCUAUUCGGCCGGCUGCCUGCAAGAGGCGACGGACCACGUGCACCUACACCGGCGGCCGCAUCUGCGGCCAGUUCUGCGAGGCCGAGUGCUACUGGAUCAGCACCGGCCGCACCACCUACACCCGAGAAGCGCAUCAUCAAGGUCGACUUGACCCAAGGCGACCCCGAGCCGAAGCCGGGGCCGGAGCUGGCCUUCCUGCACGGCAUCCCGCUCCACCAGAGCAUCGAGCUGGUGGAGUUCCCGGAUCUCGACGGCGUCGACCAGCUCAACCCGGCCCCGUACCCAGCGGAGGUCAUCAUUUUCGGCGCGCACAAGGGGCGAACCUUCCAGGAUGCGGCGUCCGACCCGGCACUCAUCUGGUACAACAAGUGGGCUCUGGACCAGGUCUUGGGCCCCGAGGCGGAGGAGAUCAACCUCCACUUGUACCGCUACGCGUAUUUCCUCUACGCCAUUAUGAAGAUCGCGCGUGGCAAGUUCAACGUUGCCCCGCUGCAGAUGAUCGACGGUGACAAGAGGAGGCUCCCCGCCGACAACGAUUGGAUGGAGGCCAACGCCGGCGGCUUCACCAUCCCGAUUCAGCACAACAUCCAUCAGCCGGACGUCAUCUCUACCUACGAGUGCUCGGUCAUGGCCGCCACUACCGGCAACGCCUUCUCGGCACACGACAACGACGCCGACGCCAUGCUCGCCAUCAUCGGCACUGGGUGCACGCGCGCCAUGCACGGUGAGUCAUGGCGGGCAGCCUUCGAGCGUGAGCUCGCGAGGCGCGGUCUACAGGUAGUGAAGACCCCGACCUCUCGUACAUUCAGAGGGAUCGGUGGCCGCACGAGGAGCACCACGGCGGUCCGUUUUCCCGUGGGCAUUGGAGGAAAGUGUGGCGAGAUUCUGUCGUGUGAGGUGCCGGGCGACUGCCCGAUGCUGCUCAGCAGGGACAUGCUCACCAAGCUUGGGCUGAGCAUGCGGCUUUCCACGGAGGGCGAUGUCGCCGACUUUGUCAACAUUGGCGUCUACAACCUGAAGCUCCACCACACUAAGGUGGGCCACCCGGCGGUCAACCUCCUUGACCUGCCGAACGAGAGCUACGAGACGGCCGAGUGGGCGGCGCUGACGACGCCCGAGGAUCACCACCUCGAGUACUACCCCGAGAAGUUCCACGUCGGCAUCACUUACGUCGAGGAGAGCUCAGUUGAGCCUCUCCCCAGCUUCCUGGACAUCGAGAUCGGCGAGACUACGGACGACGAGUGCCUCCAGACGGUCGUCGACCACGACUACAGACCGGACGUCUUCGCCGCCGAGGCGAUCGAGUGGGGCGGCAAGCGCAACCUCACCAACAAGGCCCGGCUGCCCGCAGGUGCCAGGACAUGGGUCAAGCAGACCUACGCUGGCCAGAUGGGUUUGACAGUGCUCAUGGCCACGAUGGGCCUCUCGGUCGGCGUCCCACUGGACAAGCACACGGGCUGGGGCGCUACCACCAGGCUGGGCAGGCAGAGGUACGACGCGGAGAUCACCAACUAG